GACAAACGUAUGCUGCCUUUUUUACUCUCUGUGCAACAUGCCCCAUCUCUAACACCCGUCAUCCACAGUCAAGAUUUUCCUUGCCAGUGCUCCUGCGCGCAUGAUGCCAAAGGAGAUGUUCAACCGUUUCCAGCUGCCAACCCAGGAAUAUGUCACCUGCGUUCUAUGGUGCGUCUCCUAUCUACCCCUCUGUCACUCGAACGCUCUACUGACACAAUUCUGCUAUAGGAAAGGAGUGUUCUACAUCACCGGCACCGACAUUGUUCGCUGCCUGACCUUCAGAUUCCAGGCGUUUGGUCGGCCGAUCAAAAACCCAAAGAAGUUCGAGGAAGGAAUCUUCUCUGACCUGCGGAACCUCAAACCUUGCAACGACGACGCCCUACUGGAAGAACCAAAGUCAACUUUUCUCGAGCUUCUGUACAAGAACAGUUGUAUCCGGACUCAAAAGAAGCAAAAGGUGUUCAACUGGUUCAGUGUACCUCAUGACCGACUAUUCCUCGACGCGCUCGAGCGCGACCUCAAGCGCGAGAGUAUGGGACAGGAGGCUACCACCGAAGCAGUGUCAGAGCCCGCCCUCUCGUUCCAGUAUGAUCCUGAUCAGACUCUCUUCGAGCAGCUGAUGAAGGCUCUCCAGCAGUCCGCCACCUCGUCUAUAGACGCCGAAAGUAUGCUGGACUCUUACAACAUGGGUGCUCCUGACCCGGCCUGGAAUAUGGCGCCACCUCCGGUCCCGACCGCUCCAACUUCCAUCCACUCCCUUCCAGCUGAUCAACUGGCUGCUCUUCCUCCUAACUCCCAGACCCUUGGACUGGCAGCUUUGCGGACGGAUUUGAUGGAAUCGCCUGCAGAGGAGCUGAGUAUGGUGAACGCAUACCCUACAGACUUGCAUGAAGUGGUGCCUCAGAACAUAUUGCGUGCGCGAAGAGAGAUUCAGUUAGAGGCAUCUCCUGCCCCUUCUUUUGACUCUUCGGUUCUUGAUGAUCCCUUUGAUGUACGUAUGGGUAUGUCAAAUUUCGAGCCAAUGACGCCUGAUACGCAACACUCGAUGCCAUUCCCUGAGCAGUACAUCGACGCCCCAUACUACAAUACGUACGAGACCGAAUACGACGAGUCAGAGUACGGUACCGGUGACAACAUUCCAUACUACCCCUCAAAGGGCUACCCUGUCCAGCACCACCACCAACAGGCUAUGCCGCCGAACCAGAUGGCGGACGGCAGACAGAGGUUUCCGAACCCUAUGAUGGCCCAGCGCGCUAGCUUGCUCGGGGGAUCUCCUGUCUACAAGCAACGCCGUCGUCGUUCCCUGUCCGGCCAGCCAUACCCACACCAUGUGCCCAACUCGAGCGGCUUGGUCGGAGAACAGCAUCAGCGGAGAUAUGUGCCCAUGGACAUGCCUUCUUCCAGCCGACCUCUGUCAAGCAAUUCGGCCGGAAGCAUGCGUUCAGAGCCCACGAUCCUUCCCUCGCACAAUGCCGUUCGCCGUCCUUAUGUCGGUCAGCAGCGGCACCACCAUGCGCAUGACAACCACAUGCACAUGGUGCAGUCUUUGCAGGAAGAGGACGACUACGUCAAUGCGGGUGAGUACAUGGGUGACGACUACUCGCAGUACCUAAACUACAACGAGGUCGACCGACACUCGCUCCCGCCGCAUCUCUUGGCCGAACAGCAGCAGCAGUACGACUAUCAGUACAGUAUGGCGCUUCAAUCCCCCAAGACUAUGCCGCGGUAUAGCGGUAGCGGUGCUGGUGGGCCGAUCAAGACAAAGGUUCAGCGUCAGGAUAGUGGUGCUGGUCCCUACUCGAUGGCCGCGACUACGUCAGCGUCUAGCACUGGCAGCAGCGGGCGGAAAUCGCAUACGUGCCCUGUUGCUUCUUGUGGACGGAUAUUUGCUCGCCUCGAGCAUUUGAAGAGACACGUCAGGACACAUACAAAUGAAAGGCCUUAUAAAUGCAAGAUUUGCAACAGGGGCUUUUCGAGAUCAGAUAAUCUUGCGCAGCAUCGCCGGACGCACGAUAAAAUGACUGUUCUCAGUGAAGACCAAGUGGCUGCCGCUGCUGCUGCUGCUCGCCAACGCCAGCAGCAACAGCAACAGCAACUCCAGCAGCAACCUUUCCAUAACCACCAUCACCACUCUCAUCAUCAACAGCAGCAGCAGCAGCAGCAGAGACUGCAGAACCAGCAGCAGAUUAAGCAGGAGAUGUACUACGGCCGAGAAGUCGAGGAAGAAUCUUCGCCUGUAGAUGAUGACGGGGACUAUGAGAGCGGAGUUUCCAUGCGUCGUCCUACGGCAGGCAGCGACAGUGGUGCCGAGUAUGUGGACGACGAGCAACGGCUGGACGCAUAUACGCAGUAUGGCGACAGCGCGUACUAGAUUGUCGUGGCCGCGUAGUGCAAAAAGUUUUCUCCGGGUUCGUUCUAUCGGGUGAUAGAAAUUGUUUUGUUUUGGCGUUCCUUUGUCUAUUGGGAUAGUUGCUCCGCGAUUGCAGAUUAUGUUUUUAUUUUUUUAUAUAUAUGUUGGUCUCGGAAAUAGCUUUCGUUUUGUCUGCCUGAUUUUCACAAAGUACAUAGUUUGAAAUUUAUGCGCGGUUAUAUAUAUAUACAA